AUGAUGCAAAAUGGCGUAUCAUCUACAUGGUAUCAUCUUGGUCGUUCCUCAUCUAGGGUUCGCCGCCGCCGCCGCACCCUCUCCGCGCGAGCCGCCGCACCCCACCUCAGCGGCACCCCGCCGCCACUGCGCCCCUCCCUCCUCGCGCCACCGCCGCCCCGUGUUGCACCGCUUCCGCCCCUGCCAUGCCCGCGCCACCUCCCGCGCCCGUGCCGCUCUACCCCGCCGCCGCACCCGCGCUUCCCUCCCGUGUCGUGCCGCCGCCGCCCUGCCACUGCUGCUUUCCUCCACCGCAGCCGCUGCCCACCCGCUGCAGCCGCUUCCACCCGCUGCUGCCGCCCCCUUCUCCUCCCCCCACCAAAACCUAACCCUAGUCGCCGGCCCUCACCCGUGCGCCGCCAUGUCCUGGCCAUCAUCCCCGGCUCGUCCACGACCCACUCGUCCAACCCGUUCGCCGGCCCCGAGCCCUCCGCCGCCGCCAUCCGCGACCUCAAUAUUGAGGCCCGGGUCCCUAUCCGUCUUGACAGCUCCAGCACGUCGUACUAUGCGUGGAAGACCUACUUCAAGCUCAUCUUCCGCGAGUACUAUCUCACCGAGCACAUCGACGGUUCCGUGGAUAGUGAGUACAUACGCGGCGACCCGGAGUGGUCCGCCAAUGAGGCCACGAUCAUCCGUUGGUUCUACCAGAUGGUCUCAAAGGACAUCUUCCACACGGUCGUCACCGAGGAGGACGACGGCUGCACCGUGUGGGCCAAGAUCAACGCGUUCUUCACUGACAACAAACUUCAACGCCUUGUUUUCUUGCAGCAGGAGUUCUUCGGCUGUCACCAGGACAACUCCACCAUCGACAAGUACUGCAUCAGGCUCAAGAUGCUCGCCGACGAGCUUCGCGACAUUGGUGCUAAGGUCUCUGACGACCUCAUGCUGAGUAACCUCACCGCUGGUCUUAAAGAGGACUUCGGCAAUGCUGCGUCCAACCUCACCUUGCUGUCGCAGCCCAGUUUCCAGCGUGUCGUCGCGUACCUCAAACUUGAGGAGCGCCGGAUGACGAAGCUGAAGCAGCGGGUCCAGCACACCGCCCUCGCCACCGGCACCACCCGCGGCAGCCCUGCCCCUCCGCCCACGCUCCGUCGGCCCACACCACCCGCGCCCACCGGCUAUUACCUGCUGCCGCCCGCACCGCCCGCGCCCCCCGCGCCUCCCUAG